CUCACUUCGCCGCCACCUUUCGAUGCUUGGCCGACCCUCCUGCCCGACUACCCCUACGCGCAAGCGCUGCUCGCAGACCGGAAGAAGUAUAUGGUUGAAGAGGAGGACGGCACUGAAGGUGCUGAGUCCGACGAGAGUUUACCUGGAGCCCGCGAUUUCAUUAUUCGCUGGCAGAUGAAUCGCAUAUCGGAGCUCUAUGAAGCUGGUCAGCUGGAAGAAGCACGCAGGGUCUGGGUUAGCGCCAUGCAAUCCUUGUACAAACGCGCCAAAUACCCUUUUCCUUCCCAUUCCGACCUUCACCCCGAAGACGCGUCCGCCGAAAAUGAGGGAGACGGUGAUGACGACGAGUGGUAUCAGAGCCUGGGCGGAGACAGCGAAAGCUCUUAUGAUGCGGAUAGCGAAGAGGACGUGCUAGAAGACGGGGAAAUACGGGACAACAUGCGCGCGGGCAUGGACAUUGACAUGCCCUCGCUGCUUCCCCCGGACUCACCAGCCUAUACUCUCUCUGACGAACCGGUGCUUGUUCGCAGUUCCAUCCAACACCCGCCAAUUGCUGCUUAUCUUGUCCUGCCUUCUGUGCCGCAAGCCGCAACCAACCUCGCCACCACUACAGCUACUGCCGCGCCGCGCGUUCAGCUCGACAGCGCGCUCGGCCUCACUGUCGUCACCAACGAAGAAGAAACUCAAUAUAGCCUUCUUCACCCAGAACUGUCUUGGGAACGAACGGACCGACGUUUCGAGAUGCACAACCUCUGGCGACAUGUCUACCACCCACAUGGCUCUUUUGUUCAUCAACCACACAUUCCGAUGCGACUGUACGAGCAAGCAGGCGCAUUCCGCGUGCUACCCUUUUCUGGCGACCUUGAUCCACCCAACAUCGAAAUUUCACCUGAUUCAUCGGCAACCUCGAAUUAUCCUGACUCACCUUUAGCCGCAUGGGACCCCGCGUAUGAGUUCUCAACCUUGGAGUCUCAUUUCGAAGAGGCGGUGGCCACUAUCGAGAAACGGGAAGGUUUGCUGGGGGUAGCUUCGGUUAUGAAGCGAAUUUUGGAGCCUUAUAAACUGGCGUACUCACUUUCCAGUGCGAACACGUUUGCGCCGCUCCGCCAUGCUCACAACCUGGUUUAUGGACGGACUGGUCUAGGCACUGUCUACGAUCCCGACAUGUGCCGAGAACCUGACGGGCAGCGCAUGGAGUUCGUUAUCGGAAACGAAUUCCGGUUAGAGCUUGAUGGAGAAGUAAAUCCUGAAAAGCGGAGACCCUUUUCGGGAACUCAUUUCAAUCUCCUCGCAACAGCGCAGGAGUUUCUUGGCACUUGGGAUACCGCAGUGCAUCGCAUGCUUUUGAUGGCUGCGCGAGCGGGGCUCAACCCGACCCAAGCAGCCUACCAACACCUUGUUCAUCAUAACCACGACAACGCGCGGGCCUUCAAUUACCUCCAUCCCAUCCUCUCGCGUGACCAACAUGCUCUCGGCGAAAUCGCUUACCAACAGGUUUACUAUCUUGGCUUUGUGGAGCAGGCCGAGCUCAUGCGGCGCAUUUUACGAAUUCGAUUUUAUCCUCUAAUUGAAGCCAAGCUUCAACAGCUCCGCAAUGACGGCUUCCUCGACAUCAACCAUCUCGCUGGCGACCAAGAAGUCUGGACUCGUCACAUCCCUGGGUUUCGGAGCAUCCUCGACACCUUUGAUAGUGACUCUGAUCCCGGUUCAAGUGAUAUCGAAUUUAUCGACCCAAUGGAUGACCGACUUUUUGCAGCAUCCCCAUCCCCUCCCUUUCUUCAGCCUGAUGACGAAACGGGCAAUAACUUUCUCGCCAACUACACCGAGGCCCAACUUCGUGAAAUUGCUGAUGAGCUCAUCGACUUUGGGCAGGAAUUUCUUGGUGAUGGUGAUAAUUUCUGGACUGCAACGAGAUCUUCUGGGCCAAGGCAUAGGUCGGUGUUCGAUAUAUACCAGAACCUGGAGAUCGACAGCCUCAUCCUGCUUCGCCGCCACAACUAA